AUGAAGGCCCCCCAGGCCCUGCUGCUCUACUCCUCGCUGGCGGUGCUGUGGCCCCGGGGCUGCUGUGGCCAGCCCUACCUCCGCCUGCGCCCGUCCCCCAGCGACAACCUGCCCGUCAAGGACAUCAUUGAGCACCCGGACCCGGAGUAUGACCCCAAGGAGCAGGACCUGGACGAGAGGACUUUGAGGAAGAAGCUGGGCAGCGGCUUCGACCCCCACUUCAUGUCGGUCUCGGUCCCGGCCCAGGGGAACCUCUCGGGCUCGGACCCGCCCCACCGGCCCUUCAAGGGGACCGGGCCCUUGCCCAACGAGCUCAAGAAGCUGGACCUCGGGGAGACGCCCUACGGGGCGCGGCUGCGGAUGGGCAAGAAGGCCCGGCGGAAGUUCCUGCAGUGGCUGUGGGCGUACACGUACUGCCCGGUGGUCUACACCUGGAAGGACCUGGGGCCCCGCUUCUGGCCCCGCUUCAUCAAGGAAGGGAACUGCUUCUCGGAGCGGUCCUGCUCCUUCCCAGAGGGCAUGUACUGCAAGCCGGUCAAGUCCGUGACCAAGACCUUCCUGAGGUGGUACUGCCAAGGGUGGUCCCGGCAAAAGUACUGCACUUGGAUCCCGGUCCAGUACCCGGUGAUCUCGGAGUGCAAGUGCGCCUGCUAGUCGGACCCAAUAGACCGCUCUCGAGUGCCAUAUGUGGAUAUAUGUGGACCACCUGCCUGUUGGGGCCUUCAACUGGAAGCACCUUGAGAUGACAUGGUGUUGGUGGCCCUCCAUCCAGACCACAUGGAUCCCAGCCACAAAGCUCUAGGUAGACACUGAGUAGGGACUCCGACAGACCGCUCUCGUGUGCCAUAUGUGGAUAUAUGUGGACCUCCUGCCUGUUGGGGCCUUCACCUGGAAGCACCUUGAGAUGACAUUAUGUUGGUGGCCCUCCAUCCAGACCACAUGGAUCCCAGCCACAAAGCUCUAGGUAGACACUGAGUAGAGACUCCGACAGACCGCUCUCGUGUGCCAUAUGUGGAUAUAUGUGGAUCUCCUGCCUGUUGGGGCCUUCACCUGGAAGCACCUUGAGAUGACAUGGUGUUGGUGGCCCUCCAUCCAGACCACAUGGAUCCCGGGCACAAAGCUCUAGGUAGACACUGAGUAGGGACUCCGAUAGACCGCUCUCGUGUGCCAUAUGUGGAUAUAUGUGGACCACCUGCCUGUUGGGGCCUUCACCUGGAAGCACCUUGAGAUGACAUGGUGUUGGUGGCCCUCCAUCCAGACCACAUGGAACGCUCUAGGUAGACACUGAGUAAGGACUCCAUAUUUGAAUCCAGAACUCUCACAGCAGAGGUUUUGGAGAGACGGUGAAACACGGACACGCAAUCCAUACGGAACCUCGCCUGUCCGUUUCUCCGUCCUCAUCUUAUUUGAAACAAGAUCCAAAAGGAGCCGUGGAGAAAGCCGAGCACUACAUUAAGAUGUCUAUUUUUAUACGUAUAUAGCCUUCUAACAAAAAAGGGAAAUUGCCAUCCUUUGUAAAUACAGAGAAAUUUUAAAGGGGGAAGAGAUUCAGCGGUUUGUGUGUUUUUUUUUGGUGGGCUAUUUUUAUUGUUAUUAUUAAUAAUACGAAGAGGAUGAUGCAGGACCACAUGUUGAAGCCGGACUUUUUCCAAAUGGAUCGCUUUCCUUUGGCAAAUGGGAAGGGAGAUAAAUUUCCUAGAAAAGACAGUUUAUGCUACUCAGCCUUUUUUUUUCCUUCCAAAUUUGUUGGACUAAAUAUUCAACUGAUUUUUUUUGUAAAAAAAUGUAUAUUGAUUAAGGAGAAUUUUUUAUAAAAAAAAAUGUAUGAUGUUAAAAAAGGGUGAAUUUUUUUUGUUUUGGAUGACAUAGUGAUGUAGAUUUGUUAAAAGACCUUUCUUGUUGCCAUUUAUUUAUUUUCCACAUUUGUGUAUAGGAGGAGAGAAAGCUAGAGAUUAUGCCAGAAAAAAAAUAUCAAAAAUGUUUACUUGAAUAUUCCCUUUUCAAAAAAAAUAUAACUUAACGUAUCAGUGUACAUAUCAACCAUGACUGAUUCAAACAUUUUUAGCAAUAAACUCUAUCUUUGAAGAAAUA